GUUUUCAUCUCUAGUGCCGCGUUGUUGCUCGAAUACCCCCUGGAAAGUGCUUAAUGAACAUUUUGAGGGAGGACUUGAAUAUGACGAGCUUUCAUCUUGCUGCGUCUCACCGUAUCUAAUGGUCAAAUGUGAAAUAGAAGACAGCCAAUCAAACAGCAUUAUCUACUUUCCCUGGUGCUUCGAACAUUAGAAAGUUACGAUCAGCUAUUAUGCUCUUAUAAAUGUACCAAAACCUAUAUCGGGAUGUCUCCUCCAUCACAUACAUUAGAGAAAUCAAAGGCAAAGAAAGGAACCGUCGCAAAGGCUGAUACUGAAAAGACCGCUGCUGUAGGUCGAUGCUUCAAAGGAUCGGAAAUCUUCCAUCGAAUGAACUUCCUGGCGCAGGUGCAACAUUUGGUCAGUAGCGAGAGUCCGAUGGCGAGCAAUCUUCACGCUUUCUACGGCUAUACUUUGCAACUUCUAUCUAGAAAGACUCAGAGCAAGCUACAUGCGUCUCUAAAACGAAUACUGUGCAAAAAGUGUUCAACACCACUUCGACCUGGCACUAAUUCAGUGAAAGUUAGGACGCGCGGUAAGAACGCCUGUAAGCGCACAAUAGUAACCUGUCGCAUUUGUGGGACGGUUAAGCGUUUCCCGAACACUGAGAGGAUCGACACUCCUGUCCGAUUUUCACCUAUUUCUACCAUUGUGUUGUCGGUCGUCGCAGCUACCUGAAGAGAACUGGCAUACGAGCGGUUGAUUUUUAUAUACUUCCAAAUUUUUUUAUUGGCGAUUUCCGUCGAUAGCUUGAACUUCGGUCAACACAUCAUGGAUAUUUCAUUCAAUAAAUGCCUGGCUUGUUCGGUCACGGAAAUAUAUAGUACCCAAACCACUCAUUUUUGCAAUAUGAAAGUUCUACAAGAAGACUCAUAACUGACCUAAUAGCUAUUCUUGAAACCCGUCCCGGAUUGAAGUCGUUUUUUUUUAAUUUGGAUCUACGAUUCAUGAACUUACUUCUUAUCUUCGACAAAUUCUCAGAGCUACGUCAUUGAAUUUGAUGUCUUGCAACUGUUAUAAGAGUAACCAGCAGCUUCAAUUGUGGGACGAGUUUUAUGCUUUGUUUCGGCCUGCUGGCUAUGUCUAUAAAGCUUCAACCAAAAUCGUUCUGGUAGAAAUCCUAAUCGUGUCACAGCGGUGUCAUCAGCACUACAAUCUAAUGAAGGCUGGCUUUUUUUUUUUGGAAUUGUCAUCGAGGCAGGUGGACCAGCUUUCCUGAAGGCAGACAACAGAUUGCAGGAAAUACUUACUAGCUCUGAUGAUUAAACAACCAAUACAUAAAUAAGACACAACUACUUUGGAAAUACAUAUUUCUUUUACAUUAGUACAAUGUUCGAAUCAAUAGCAGAGGUGAAUUAAAUUCAGUCGGACCUUAACAUCAUGCCUCAUGGAAAUGUUGACCAAGUCCUGGAUACCAUUGAGUUCUUGUACAAAGAAGAGAGUUAAGUUGUAUCACUAGCAAAUUUUCGAUUGCUUCUCGCUUUUCUAAGUUAGCAUACGUCAAAAGUAAAAAGACUCAACCUCAGAUUUGAUUUUUAUCCAUAGUGGACAACCAGUUGCAACAACUAACAAAAUGAAUUCUAUCUAGUAUUUAAGAAUGACGUUUCGAGAUCGACUUAGCAAUAACCUGCUCAGCCCGUAGCAGGACGCUCAUACAGGCUGACUAAUAUUGCUGAAAUUGCCCCUGGGUGAAAUAGCCCUUCUAUCCUAAUUAAAGCACCAUCUCGUUUCAGUCUACAUCAGCUGGCAUUGUUCAAUAUACGGACCACUAAAAUAUCAAUUUUCAGCUGCUUCAUUGUCUAAUAGUAGACGUUAUGGGCGAAGCUGUUCUGCUGUGUUCCCUUCG